AAAUUCUUACGCGAAGUAAUUGCAAAAAAAGAAAAAAAAAAUGGAUUCCGAAAAAAUUGAAGAGCUGAAGGGUUUCGUGCAGCACUGCAAACAAAACCCUUCUGUUUUACACACCCCACCAUUUUCAUUUUUCAAGCUUUUUCUCCAAAGCAUGGGUGCUAAAAUUCCGCCGUCUGAAAAUUCGGGUAGAGAUAACGAGAAAAAUCAAGAUACGAAGCAGUUCCAAUCUGAAACUUUAGACGAGGAGAUUGUUGAAUCUGACGUUGAGUUGGAUAAUUCCGACAUUGUGGAGCCCGAUAACGAUCCUCCACAAAAGAUGGGAGACGCUUCCAUUGAAGUAACUGAAGAAAAUCAAGAAGCGGCUCAAUUAUCGAAAGCAAAAGCCAACGAGGCAAUAUCCGAUGGUAAUUUUAUUGAAGCUAUAGAUCAUCUCACGGAAGCAAUCACGUUGAAUCCGAAGUCGGCAAUUCUAUAUGCUAGUAGAGCGAGUGUCUUCAUCAAACUGAAGAAACCAAAUGCUGCUAUACGAGACGCUGACGCAGCUUUACAGAUCAACGCUGACUCAGCAAAAGGGUAUAAAGCACGAGGGAUGGCAAGGGCAAUGUUGGGAUUAUGGGAAGAGGCGUCUCGUGAUUUACAUGUUGCGUCGAAUUUGGAUUUCGACGAGGAGAUUGGCUCUACGCUAAAAAAGGUCGAACCCAAUGCCAAGAAAAUUGAAGAGCAUCGCAGAAAAUACGAACGCAUGCGCAAAGAAAAGGCGUUGAGAAAAAUUGAGCUCGAAAAGAAAAGGCGUCAAGAUGCUGAAACUGCUUCUGUUUUAAAAGAUGGAGAAGUAAUCGGGAUUCAUUCCGCUAGCGAGUUGAAAAUAAAGUUGAAUGCCGCUUCAAAGAUAUCGCGGCUCGCGAUACUCUAUUUCACCGCAACGUGGUGUGGGCCCUGUCGUGUAAUUUCUCCAGUAUUCACAACUUUGGCGGGAAAAUAUCCGAAAGCCGUGUUCUUGAAAGUCGAUAUCGACGAGGUGAAAGACGCAGCUGCUGAAUGGAACAUUAGCAGCGUACCGUGUUUCUUCUUUGUGAAAAACGGUAAAGAGGUCGAUAAAGUUGUCGGGGCCGACAAAACUUCGCUCGAAAAGAAGAUUGCCCAAUACGCCGGAUAGUUUCUUGAUAUUGCAGUUCAAUUUCACUUCUUACUAGAGAUUUUUCAUUUGAAACUAAUCUUACUUUAUGAGAUAUAAAAUGUAUUUUCAUUUUAUUU